AUGAUUUGUAAACUCGAACCUUUUUACCUCCGGAAUGUCUUGUUGUAUUUGAAAUCCUUAAGUGAUAUAACCAAUUUUGUUUGUAUAAACAAAAUGGCGUUUGAAAUUACCCAAAGUUUAUAUAUUAAUCCUUAUAGUUUACCGAUAACAACACCAAUAAAAACAAUUCUAAAAAUAUUUCCACGUCUCGAAACUUUAUUUUUGCCAAUGGAGAUUUACCGCGACCUAUCAGACUUGGAAACUUCUGGAAACUUUUUGUUUGAGUUUAGACGUUGUCCAUGUGACAUUGAAGGGGAUGGACUUUAUAAUCAUUUUUUUGAUGUGUUUUCCACAGAAUGGUAUCCAAAACGUGUAAGAAAAAUGUAUGUAUUCAGAAGAGAAAUACAAAGCCUUUCUACCAACAUUGAUCGAUUUGACAAACUCAUUGAACUUAUAUAUUUUUCACCAGUCAGACCUAUUUAUGUGAAUGACAUCAUUACCAUUCUGAAUUGCUUUACCUUACGUCGAGUAACUUUGGGAAUUGACACAUCUUAUACACGUGUUUUGGAACAAAUUGACUUUGAAAAAUACAAUAAAAUUAGUUUUUAUUUGUUAAUUAAUAUAUUGGAAAACAUAGAUAUUGACGAAGAAACGAUCACAAAGAUACGAUGUUUACCUCAAAAUGUUAAUGUGCACGUCUCUUUUAUAACAAAAAAGGUUCAUACAAAUCCAUUUUUAAAAAACAUUUCUUUAUAUAAAUUUAAAACCCCAAGAUGUGUUGUGACAAAAAUCUCUAACGAUGCUCUUGGAGAGUCCAAUUUACUAAAAUAUAUUCGA